AUGAACAAUUCCGCAGCAAAGGUAGGGGAAAUAUUUACUGAGGCAGGGGCUGCUUUCAAUAAGUUAGCAGAAAUGACAAUGUUAUUGCACCCUAUGGCCGAAACAACCCCUAGCCAGCAGCCAAAAACACCCGUUAAAAAGAAGUUGCCUGAAGAAAGAACACUGGCUGGCAGCAGCUUAGUUAGUCACGGACAGCAUAGUUUACAUGCUGCUCCCUUAUCACAACAGGUCACUCUCAACAUGCUAAAUGCUCAGGAAACAGAAAUGGAUACAGAUCUUGGUGGUGAUGUAAAAUUGGAGUUUGAAUCAAGCACAGAAGAAGUGACAACAUAA